GGUGUCCCGUGGAUUUUAAUUCGUGUGCGUGUGCUACGUGCUUCGAUCGACCGCCAGAGUGAAGGACACUGUCAGUCGUCAGGACGUGGCCACGUGCAUUGUUUUGUUUAUUUUAUUGUGUAAACUAUUGUAUGCUCGUCACCGCCCAACGAUUGUGGUUGCUGCAUCAAACCCGUAACGUCCAAUAAAAUUUGGUACCUUUUUUCAUUAAAAAAAAUAUGGAUGAUAAAUCAUUUUCAAGAAAGAAAUUACUAACUCUAAAAAAAGAACCAUGUGAAAAACCAUUUGUAAAACAAGUUAAGCCCCAAGGCCGUCCUAAAACUGCGUCUCCAGAAAGACCAUUCUGUCCUCCAUUUAUGGUGAGAUACGACACCAAUCGACCACAUUCAAACUAUUCUACAUUAUGGGCUUGUAGAAUUUGCACCAAAAUAUUAUUAAGUAAGGCUGCUGCUAUAAACCAUGCAGAUAAAUGUAAGCUAGCAAUUACAAAAGAAGAAGAUAUUCCAAUUUCAGAUUUGCAGUAUAUGGAAAAAAAUAUGUGUUAUCCGUGCAAAUACUGUGACAAAAGAAUGCGGAGAAAAGUGACUUGGCUCAAGCAUUUAAACGAUCAUGAGUUACCAGAGUAUGAAGAAAAUAAAUAGGGAGUUGAUAUAUUGAUAAAAAAUCUUAGACUACCAGUCAAGAUUGAUUCCAUACAUAUAAAACAAGAUUUUGACUUAUUAUAUCCCUCCACUUUCUAAGUAAUUUAAUUAAUCACAAUAUUAUGAUAUUAUAUGAAUUAAUUUAUAUAA